AUGCUAGCCGGCGGCGUUGGCAGCAACAGAGGCGGCAGCUCCCAUCUCUCCUCCCCCUCCUCCCAGAGGGACCUCCGCGGAGGCCGGAGCUUCCUCUUCGGGAACACCUGGUUCAUGCUCUCCGCCUACCCGGCGCGCCUGCUGCACACCGCCGACCGCCGCGCGCCCGCCGCCGCCUUCGUCGCCGCCGCCAUCCACCGGACGCCCCGCGUCGUGCGCGCGCACGGCGGCACGGGACAGGGCCUGCUGCAGCGGGGCAUCGUCAUGGCCGCCUGCGGCUACGCCUUCGGGCGGGCCGACCUGGGCGCCGCCGCCAAGCGCCAGCUGGAGAAGGACUCCUCGUCCGUGGCUGCCCACGCCUCGCGCAUCGUCGCCAUGGGGUCAGCUGGGACGGCGGCGAGGCCCGACGUCUCGUUCAAGUACCGGGGUUUGGAGUACUGUAAGAAGGUCGGCGUGAGCUUGAGAUGCCGCGAGCAGUGGGGGAUGGCUAGGACGUUCUGGACCAGUGCGGUUGGGCCGGGCAGGCAGCUCAGCUUCUCGGUUGACCCUUGGGCUCGGGAUUUCAGCACGUUGUGUGCGGCGCCUUACUCUGCUGGAGCUACAGAGAGUCAACUGACUCUGGAUGAGGCAUUACAGGAGAAGCAGACGGAUAACUCCACCGUUGCCUCUGAUGGGAAGUUACCUGCUCCUGAAAAACUGAAGCUGGUCUCAGGUUCUUGUUACCUGCCUCAUCCUGCUAAGGAGGCGACUGGCGGCGAAGAUGGUCACUUCAUUUGCAUUGAUGAACAGGCGAUUGGUGUGGCAGAUGGUGUUGGUGGUUGGGCAGAUCACGGUGUUGAUGCUGGACUAUAUGCGAAAGAACUAAUGAGUAAAUCAAUGAGUGCUAUCAAGGAUGAACCAGAAGGUGCAAUUGACCCAUCAAGAGUUCUGGAGAAAGCUUUUACAGGCACCAAAGCAAGGGGAUCAUCAACUGCUUGCAUCAUCACUCUUAAAGAACAGGGUCUUCAUGCUGUAAAUCUUGGGGACAGUGGCUUCAUAGUGGUCAGAGAUGGCCGCACUGUUCUCAAAUCACCUUCACAGCAGCAUGAUUUUAAUUUUACUUAUCAGCUCGAGAGUGGGGGUGGCAGUGAUCUUCCAAGUUCUGCCGACGUGAGUUUUCACUACUCGGUUGCUUCUGGUGAUGUUAUCAUUGCCGGCACGGAUGGGCUUUUCGACAACCUGUACGACAACGAAAUCACUGCCGUCGUUGUCGAGGCCCUCAGGAGUGGCCUCGGUGCCCAGGGCACAGCUCAGAAAAUCGCCGCCCUUGCUCGGGAGAGAGCAGAGGAUAAGCACAGGCAGUCACCCUUUGCAGCCGCUGCUCAGGAGGCUGGGUACAGGUACUAUGGAGGGAAGCUCGACGACAUCACGGUCGUGGUGUCAUACGUGAUGAGCGCAGCAGCUGUUUAA